AAAUUAGAGAUCAUUGUGUUAUCAGUCGUCGAAGCAAAACAUUCGUUGGAACUUAGUCUGUGCUUGCGAGUUUUAAUAGAAACUUAGAACAAACAAAAAAGUUUAAAAUGGCCAAAUUGGGAUUAGUUUUCAUCUGUGUUUUCUUGUUGGUUCAAUGGUCACUGGCUGCUCGAGUAGUACGAGAUGCACCAGAAGCACCAGUCAAAGCUGAAGGAACUGAACAGAACCAAUUCAACUUAAAUGAAGCAAUUAACACCUUCAAAGAGGGAAUUCAAAAGGCAUUCUCCAAGGACAAUCUCGAUAAAAUGUUGGAGAAUUUGGGUGAUGCCGGCGAUAAAUUGAAGGAAUUCGGCCAAAAUGUGAUUAACAAAGCACAAGAAACAGCGGCCGAUAUCGCGAACGCAGCUAACAAGAAGAAGGAAGAAACCAGUUCAUAGUGUUUGCAGUAAUUUGAACGCAGAAUUCUGUAGAUAUUAGUCUUAAAUGCAGUGAUUUCGACAGGUCCUUUGACAAUAAAUUAUUUU